AUGGCAUUGAUUGAGUCGAUAACCCAAAGGGGUGCGGUGCCGGUGAUACCCCCACGUGCCAACCGUCGGGAUUCCCGCACUUAUGAUGUGCAUCUGUAUAAAGAGAGGCAUUUAGUCGAAUGUUUUAUCAACAAAAUGAAGCAGUAUCGACGUAUCUCCUCUCGGUUUGAUAAGCUAGCGGUUCGGUAUAUGGGGUUUCUGAGUUUCGUUGCCACGAUUAUCUGGUUACGAUGA